AUGUUUCCUGGUAGGAACCAGAGCAAUGGUGUGACAGAGUUCAUCCUGGCAGGCUUCCCACAUCUCAACAGCACGAAAGCAGAAGUGUUUUCUGUAUUCCUUCUAGUCUAUCUGCUGACUCUGACAGGCAAUGUGUUGAUCGUGAGGGUGGUAGGAGCUGAUACUCGCUUGCAAACUCCCAUGUACUUCUUUCUGGGCAAUCUGUCCUGCAUGGAGAUCCUGCUCACUUCUGUUAUUAUUCCCAAGAUGCUGAGCAAUUUCCUCUUAAGACAGCACACUAUUUCCUUUGCUGCAUGCAUAACCCAAUUCUAUUUUUACUUUUUUCUUGGCGCCUCUGAAUUCCUACUGUUGGCUGUCAUGUCUGUGGAUCGCUACCUGGCCAUCUGUCACCCUCUGCGCUACACAUUGCUCAUGAGUGGGGCUGUGUGCUUUCGCAUGGCCCUGGCCUGCUGGGUGGGGGGACUCCUCCCUGUGCUUGGACCCACAGUGGCUGUGGCCUUGCUUCCUUUCUGUGGGCAGGAUACUGUGGUACAGCACUUCUUCUGUGACAGUGGCCCUCUGCUCCGCCUGGCAUGCAUCAACACCAAGAAGCUGGAAGAGACUGACUUUGUCCUGGCCUCUGUUGUCAUUGUAUCCUCACUGAUGAUUACUGCUGCGUCCUAUGGCCACAUAGUCCUGGCUGUCUUGCGCAUCCCCUCAGCUUCAGGCCGUCAGAAGGCCUUCUCCACCUGUACCUCACACUUGAUGGUGGUGACCCUCUUCUACGGAAGUGCCAUCUUUCUCUAUGUACGGCCAUCUCAGAGUGGCUCUGUGGGCACAAACUGGGCGGUAACAGUGGUAACAACAUUUGUGACACCACUGCUGAAUCCAUUCAUCUAUGCUUUGCGCAAUGAGCUAGUCAAGGAAGCUUUGAAGGACAUGUUUAAGAAAAUGGUAGCAGACUGUUUGGAGUAUCUUUUACUUGCUAAGAAUUUCAAUAAAAAAAAACACUAA